GGCGGCUCAAGUCGUGGCGGCGGAUCUCGAACGUGAUAUUCAUCACGUUGUUCGCGUCCGUGCUGAUAUGCUCGGUGGUGGCCGCCGCCGUGUCCGCCCCUCCCGUGGUGACGGCUCUGGCGGCCGCGGCGGCGGUGCCCCUGGGUUCCAUGGGGAAAUGGCUCAACUCGAUGUGGAAGAAUUACGAGAGGGAUCUGCGCGGGCAGACGGAGAUCCUGAGCUCGAUGCAGAUAGGGAGCUACAUAGUGCUGAAUGAUUUGGACAGCAUAAAGAGGCUGGUGGAGAGGUUUGAGAUAGUGAUAGAGGCGUUGGUGGCGGAGGCGGAGUUCGCGGCGAGGGGGGAGGAGGCGGUGGUGGUGGCGGUGGAGGAGAUGAGGCGGCAGCUGGAUAGCUUCAUCAACACCAUACAGGAGCUGCGGAAAGAGGGCCAACAAGUGCACGGAGGAGACGAGGAAGGCCAGGACUUUGAUUCUCCGACGGAUCAUCAAUCAUCCCAACGCCUCCAAUCAAGACAUUGGUAUGUUUUCGUAGAUCUAUAUUGGCCAGAUUUGCAGCAUACCGGAAUAUCAUGACUGGAUACAUAGCAUAUAUACAUAUAUAAUUCUAAAUUAUUUCAUUCAAUAAUAACUCAAGAGUUAUAUAGCAUUUGGCAGCAAAGCAAGUUUUUGUGUAUCAUUGAUUUAACAUCAAAGCAUCUUGGAAGAUGAGGAUUUGUCUUUGUUGUCUCUGCUUGAGCUAAGUGUAUAUCUAUGACUAUGAUAUAGGAAAUUGCAUUUGCUUCUCAUCAUCACGAUGAGAAGAUUUCAAGUGACAUUUGUAAACUAAACUUACAAGUAGUGAAUGAGAAAGGCAGUGACUAGUUGACUACUCA